GGAGGAGGUGAUGAGGAGGAUAAUGACGACGACGAGGACCCCGCCAUUUGAGAUUUCAGGGGAAAAAAAAAGAUAAAGGUGACGUGGCCGUGAUGAGGAGGGAAGAGCCGGAGGAGGAUGACAAGAUAUGGAAGAGGAGGACGACAAGAUGGAGGAGGAGGAGAGAUAGAGAAGAAUGAUGCGACGAGGGAUGGAGGAGGAGGACAACCAGAUAUGGAGGAGGAAAGAUGGACGAGGAAGGGAAGAGGAGGAGAUACCAAUGCUAUUCGAAGCUUACUUUAGAAACGGUGACAAGACCUCGACGAGGAGGGAUGGGGGAGGAGAACGACGAGGUGGAGAGGAGGAGGAAGGUGACGUGGAGGAAGUGACGAGAGAGGAGGAGGAGAUGCAGCAGGAGGCGUGGAUGUUGAAAGAUGUAGAAGGAGGUGACGUGGAGAAGGAAGUGACGAGGAGGAGGAGAGAUGGAGGAGGAGAGAUGGAGGAGGAGAGAUGGAGGAUGUGACGAGUUAUGGGAAAAGAACGAAAAGACGACACGGUGACGAGGAGGAGGAGAGAUGACAAGGAGGAGGAGAGGACGAGGAGGAGGACCAGGUGAGUUCGAGGGAGGGCAGGAGGGCUGGUGAGGACUCACCUUGGAGGAAGGUUGAAGUCGGCGAUGGUCGCUCCGGAGCUCCGCCUCGGUAACGGUGCAAACGCCGAGGGAGGUCGGCGCUGCUCGUAGAGGGCGACUGACAACGCUGCUUCCCGAAGUGGAUUGGAGGCGGCUGCAACAGUGAGGAGCAGCCGGGCGAUGGUCGCUCCGGAGCUCCGCCUCGGUGAGGGGGCCGGCGCUGCUCGUAGCGGGCGACUGACGGCGCUGCUUCCCGAAGUGGAUUGGAGGCGGCUGCAACAAUGAGAAUCAAACGGCCCGCCGAAG